AUGAAUGGUGCGCAGCCAGCUCAAAGGCGAUUGGAUAUGGAACCAAAACCAUGGGUGAGUCUAUUCAAAGGUAGUUCACUCCCUUCUAAAGGUUUUGCGUUGAAUUUUAUUGCUCCCACAGUCUGUGAUGGUAAACCCAUAGCUGUACUUGAUAAGCAUGAGAUACAAAAAAUGAAUGAUCUAUGGGGAAAUGCAGUUGUCAUGUAUGUAGUUGGGGAAAAACCUUCGAUUGGGUCUAUUUUGAGAUUCAUUGCAAAAGAAUGGCACCAAGUGGGUAAACCUCAGAUUUUCCUCCAUGAUGAGGGCUAUUUUGUAAUCAGAUUCCAGUCAAAGAAGGAUAAGGAAUCAGUUCUGGUGGCUGGUCCUCAUAUGUUCUUUGGCAAACCUAUGAUUGUUAAACCUUGGACAGCAAGUUUUAAUUUCCAGGAGGAAAUAUUGAGGGUAGUACCAGUGUGGAUUAGGUUGCCUAACUUACCAUUGAGCUGUUGGGGGGGUGAUUCAUUGAGCAGAAUAGGGAGUUUGCUUGGAGAUCCUCUAUAUGCUGAUGAAUGUACUUCUAAACAGCAAAGAAUUUCAUUUGCUCGAAUUCUUAUUGAGGUGGAUGUAACUGGUGACUUGCCUAAAUCUGUGCAGAUUCAGGACCCUAUGGGUAACAUUGUUAAACAGGUGGUUGAGUUUGAAUGGCUACCACCUUAUUGCCAGAAGUGUAAGAUUGUGGGGCAUGACUGUACUCAGACAAGAGUCAAUACCACAAGAUUUAGGCCAGCUGAUGUUCAGAGAAAGAAGGUUGUGAAGGUGUGGAAACCUAAAGCAGUGCAACCAAAUGUUGAACCACAAACUACUGAUGAGUUGACUGCUAAUGAUGUUGUACAAGAGGAUGAUGGGGAGAAUGGAGAGUUAUCUGUUUAUGAUAAGCCUUUUACUCCAAUUGCUCCAGUGCUUGAUGAAGGGUGGAGAGUUGUUUCAAGGAGAAGAAGAGAUAUUAGAACUCCAGCUCAGACUGUGGGGCUUGCUGAAGUCCAUUUGAAUGGGGAGGAAUUGGUUGCUGGUAGUGAUGGAGUGGAAUUCCCAAUUGAUCCACCAUGA